AUGAAGCAGUCAACAAGCAUUUUGCUACUUCCUAUCUUUCUUGCUUUCCUGGCACAGGCCAAGCCAUCAACCUUUCACUACGAUGGAGUUAUUGAGGAUAAGGGCGAUGGCAUAAAAUGUUCGGGAUCCAUCACAUAUACGGUGACUGACGACGCUGGAGGUGCCGACCAGACUGGGCAUUUCACCGUCGAUGACUGCCCGGGUGGCCAAGUCACGCUGUCCGAUGGCAUUUGGACAUUGUCCCUCGAUCGCGACGCCAGGACCUCAAGCAUUCAGACUGUCAGCAACGAUCCAGCCGCGACCAUCAACGGAGGCGAGGGCGAGUAUGUUGGGGUCCAGACAGCUUACCAUCAGGUCACUUGUCCACCAGCUACCAAGAUGACUUGCUUUUUUGGCGCCGGACCGGGCAACACAGCACCUACGACGACCGACUGCGGCCUUACGUAG